AUGUACUUCAUGUCAAGGUAUAACUUCAGUCUGCAGCGCGGGUGCCUCGACGAGCAGCUGGCUUCUUUCAAGAGAGUGCUCGCACGGAUUGCUCCGGGAGAUGCUGCCACCAAGAGUCUCAUGAGCGAAUCCCUAGUCGUCUUCGGCGAGAUUGGUGGCAACGACUACAACUUCUGGUUCUUCGAUCGUACACACAGCCGGGACACGGCCCAGGAGUACAUACCGGACGUGGUUGCCCGCAUAGGCGCCGGUGUCCAAGAGGUGAUCAAGCUUGGUGCUAGGACUGUCCUUGUCCCGGGGAACUUCCCCAUUGGGUGCGUGCCGGUUUACCUCAGAGAUUACAAGAGCAACACGGCCACGGACUACGACCAGUUCGGUUGCCUCAAGUGGUUCAACGCAUUCUCCCAGAUGCACAACCAGCUACUGAAACAAGAGAUCAGCAAGCUCAAGUCACAGAACCCCGGCGUGAAGAUCAUCUACGGCGACUACUACGGUGCCUUCAUGGAGUUCGUCAAGAAUCCUAGCAGGAAUGGCAUUGACAAGCCUUUGGUAGCGUGUUGUGGUGGCGAUGGCCCCUAUGGCACAGGCCAUUUGUGCGACCAGAAGGCGAAGGUCUGCCCCGACCCAUCAAGGUUCGCCAACUGGGACCAGAUCCACAUGACGGAGAAGGCGUACAAUGUUAUCGCCAAUGGGGUGCUCAACGGCCCGUACACCGACACCCCGUUGCUCCACGCUUGUUAG